GGCCCGGCCCGCCCCGUCGCCAUCUUGUGUGGCGCCGGUGGGCUCCUUACCGGGCUUUCUGUCCUGGAGGGGCUAUAAAAGAAACCGAAAACCAGAAAAACUAGACUACCUAACGCUUGGACUCCCGAUAAAAUCGUAAGGGUUAGCGAACGUGCGCCGGCACACGCAUAAUGAUGGGAAGGUGGCGAGAGGCAGCUCCCUCGCCCCUCAACGCGGGGAGGUUUCUGUCCUGAACGGCCUUGCUGUCUACGCGCAGAGCCGGCUCAGGGCUCUCCGGUGGCGCUACGCACGAGCGAAAAGAGCUCUGCAUCCCUUGCUGAUGUGGAAAAAGAGAAGGGAUACGUCAAACCCCGCCCGGAGCCGCCCCCUUCUCCACCUUCUCCUCCUCCUCCUGCGAGCGCCGGACCCGUCGUGCUGCCGUAGAUGAGGCUUCCCCGGCUCGUUCGGAAGAUGAGCUGAUGUGAUUAACUUCGUCAGUGAACCAUCAUUGGAAAUUACUGGAUGGAAAUCAGUGUCUGCUGGAUUUGGAUUGGUGAUUUGGCAAUGGUCAAACACCAGUCUCGCAGUGUUCUUGUGGACAGACCUGCACACAGAACAGCUCAUGUAAAAAUGCCUCUAGUUAAGAAUGAACACCAGAGAAGUGCUGCGGUACCCAUGGCCUUCACACCAUGUCGGCGUCCUGUUUAAGAACCAGUAGGCUGGCAGUUUCAAAGGGACAGCAACAAAGUGAUGACCAGGUGCCAAGUGCCAGCUGUCCUUAUUCACCAGAUUGAAGAAGAAUUGGAUAAAGAAGAAGAGGAGAUGAUGGUUUUUCUCUGCCGAGACCUUGCUCCUGACUUGGCCACUGCCGACCUUAGAGAGCUGUUGCUGGCUUUGAAUGAGAGGGAGAAAUUGUCUUUUCUUGGCUUGUGUGAGCUGUUGUACAGAGUUAAGAGGUUUGACUUGCUGAGGAGGAUCUUGAAGACUGAGAAAGCAGCGGUAGAAGCUAACCUUGCCAGGAGUGUCAGCCUUGUCCCCGAUUACAGGGCUCUAAUGGUAGAGAUGAAUGAGAAUCUGGAAAAAGAAGAAGUGGGUUCUCUUGCCUUUCUACUCAGAGAUUAUGCACCUCGCAUGAAAAUGGCAAAAGAUAAGAGUUUCCUAGCUCUUGUGAUUGACCUGGAGAAACUAAAUUUGGUGGGUCCUGAUCAACUGGAUUUGAUAGAAAGUUGUUUUCGAAAUAUUCACAGGAUAGACCUGACCAGGAAGAUUCAGAAGUACAAACGUGAAGCUUUAAUGUCCUCCGUUCAUUCUCAGCCAGUGUAUGUAAAUGCACUUCAGGCAUCUCUCCCUAAUCUCAGUCUGAUAGAUCCUCCUUAUAAUUCAGGGAUCCAGAAUACACACAGAUUAAAAUUGCAAAACGGACAAAGUCUUAUUCCAGCAGAACCAGUCCACAUGUCCAUUCAGGAAUCAGGACCAGUGUCACAGAAGGUUGAUCAGUACAGAAUGCAGAGUCAGCCCUUAGGAAUAUGCCUGAUAAUAGACUGUAUUGGCAAUGACGCAGAUAUGUUGGAAGAAACCUUCAGAGACUUAGGCUAUGACGUUCGUUGUCACAGAUACUUAAAUACAAAUGCCACGGUUCAAACGUUGCUUGAAGUUGCAAGGUUGCAGAAGCACAGAAAUUGUGACAGCUUCAUUUGUGUAUUGGUCAGCCGUGGAAGUCCUCAGAGCAUCUUCUGCACAGACCAUACCUUUUCUGGAUUCCCUUUGGAACAAAUAAAGAAAUACUUUACAGCAGACUCAUGUCCUGAACUCCUGGGAAAACCAAAGCUUUUUUUUAUUCAGAGCUACAUUGUGCCAGAAAAUGAGCAAGAAUGUACUAGUCUUUUGGAAGUGGAUGGGAAUGAUGAGAAAAACAUUGCUAAUGCAAAACCCCCUUGUAAAGUCACUAUCCCUCAAGAGGCAGACAUCUUUUGGAGUCAGUGCAAGGUGGAUGCAUCUACGUUAGAAAAAUCUGGAACUUCAUCCUCAUAUUACCUGCGUUGUCUCGCUGAGCUACUCCGCAAUCCUCAUAAAAGGAGACUCUCUAUAUUAGAUAUCCAUACAGAACUGAACAGAAGAGUCUAUGAAUGGAAUCAGACUGCUGACCCAAGCCAACAAUACUCCCUUCUGCUCCAGCACACACUGAGGAAGAAACUUUUUCUUUCUCCCACUUAACUGCUGUUGGAAAGGACAUUUCUGAAGAGACAACAAGAAACACUUACUGUGAUCCAGACAGUUUCGCACAUCCUUUCACUUUAUGCCUUUUUGUUACAUGUGUAUAUAAAGUGCAUAUUGCAUGCAAACACAGGGAUUUAGAAGUAUUUUGGUGUGUUAAGGCACAAGAUUUUAUAUUUUCAUACAGAAGGCUCUGAAAGCUUGGAUGAGAAUGGCAGCUAUUGUAUAGCACAGCAACAGAUCUUACAACCAAGAGCAACAGGUAAACAGGGUGGAAAGAGCUCUAAGCUGCAUAGCUAUUGUGUUUUCCAGGAUUUUGUGGGUUUAUUGUUUCUUUGGUUGUUGGUUCUUCUGUUGAUGCUUAAAACACAUACAAGCAAGUGCAAACCACUGAAAUUCACUGGGUACUUUCCCCAGUACCUUCCAGAGACUGUAACAAAAGAGAUAGAUGGUCAUUUAAUUAAUUUGGAUUCCAUCCACCUGCUGCAUUUGAGGUUGUGAUUCACCCAAAACGCUGUGUCGCCAGUGCUGGCCGCAGCACACAAGGGUUACGUGUUAAUAAAUGAGAGAGUCUGUCAUGGUUUGGGCUGUGUUUUCCACUGAUGCAAACAUUGAGUCUACAUGUGGCAGUACUUGACAGUAAUCUGCCACACAGUGAAAAGGAUGUGGGAUUUUGGCAGGUGUUUCGUGGAAGCUGAAGCAUGAUGCAUACUUAUUGCAAGGGGCCUAGUUGUAAAAAUGUAACAAAUACUUGAACCUAAAGGUCAUGUAGCAGCCACUGGCUCUUAAGACUCGAUUAAAUUAAACACCUUACUGUCACUACUUUUGCUUAUGAAUAAGGAUAUGUCUUUAUUGUUUUUUUUUUUUUUUUUUUUUAAUUAUUAUUAUUUCUCCCCCCAAAAAUUGCCCUUGUUAUUCUGAAAAAGACAUGAGUGAAAAUUCUCUUAAAUACAGAAAUUUUUCUCUGGUGGAGCAGAUGCUAGGCCUCAAGAUUUCUGUUAACCUGCUUGUUAUAUAGCAGCAUAACCUGGAUGAGUUGUACUGAAAUUUAUUGUCACUGAAUUUAUGGUGUUCUCUUGCCUCCUAAAGUAGGCCACUUGCAAACUUACAAUACUCCUGAUACAUUCUUCUGCCCAGGAAAAAAAAAAGGCUUUGGCAUGCCUUGCUUGGUUCCUGGUGUAGGUGCACCAUACAUCUUUCUGGCAGGUGUUGCAUGCAAGCAGAAAGGAAAGGGGUAUUUGUUAGUACAAGGUAUGUUAGUUCUUUGAGCAAAUAUACUGCAAAAAGAUGUUGUGCUAGUGUAGCUGCAUUUGAUUUGAGCAAAAAAGCAGGUGUGCUUACAUGUAUAACCUCACGAGCAGUGCUUUUUGGUGUAGACCAAGCCUAACAGGCACCAAGCGUAUUGAUACUUGGCAUUGUAUACUGUCAGUAUACAUUAGGAUAUUGAGAAUCAUUAGGAGGGCUUGGCCAGUAAACUUAUUUUAAUAGCAGUGACUUGUUUUAGUCCUUGUUAUUAUAUUGUACGUGAGUGUUAGUUUGACACCAUUUGUAUUAACUUUCUUUAAAAAAAAAAAAAAGUCUUCUGAAGUUUCAUUCAGAAAAAACAAAUGAGUUUUCAAGUAGCCUCAAUAGUUCAAAGUAGAAAUUACUUUUGUUUGGCAGAGAGUAGAUGCUGAAGUCUAAAAAGUGCUCCUGAGUCCUUCUUUGUUUGGUGAUGCAGACCAAGUCUUCCUGGCUUAGGAAGUUGCUAAGCUGCUGGUUGCUGAGGAUUGUUAAGAGCAUACCAAGAGGAGAAACUUGCUGAACCAAGACCUUAUGGUUUUUAACCAUGUAAAAUAUUAAGAUUAAAAAUAUAUUUAUGUUAAUGUACCAUUGUGUAUAAUAUAUAAAAUAAAUUUUAUAUCAUUGUAUGUUUUCACUCAUGAUCUUGUUUUUAAAUUUAUAUUCAGUUUUAUUUGCAUGUUCACUCUAAGAAGUUCAAUACACAGAUGUGAUGAGAAGAAAUUUUUGCACAAUUUAGAAAAAGAAUUAACCUAUAUUGCAAGCUUAUGAAUUCCAUAUUUUUUUCUUUCCACUUUCAUAAGCUGCAUUGUCAUCGUCAUCUUUAAUAAAAGUAUAUGAAAACUUUUUAAUAGCUUUGAAGUGGGAAAUGUAACCCAACAUUUUUUGUUAAACUAGCAUUACUUGUGUUAUUUGCGUUACUGUAAUUUUAUGCAGGCACAGGCAUAAUAGAAAAUCAGUUUUUGCAGAUUCAGAUAUCUUCUAAAAGCUAUUUCUCUAUGAGCAUUAAAGUAAAAAUACUAAAUUGAAUUUCAUGCUGUUACAGGUGUGGAUGUAAAUGCAUCAUAGUGGGUGGGGAGAGGGGGCAGGUCUUCCUCUAAGUGUACUGUUUUCUAUGAAAGGACCUACUGAACUGGUCUUUUGCAUAAGCUAGUGCUAUAUUGCUGCUGCCUCUAAAAAUACUUUGUGUCUUAAAAUAAUGUUCAUCUGUAAUCUACACGCUCAAGUAGAGAACUGCAUGGCAUCAACAGAAGGGUCUGUAUUAUAUGUGAUAGGUUAAGAAAAACACUCAUUUCUAACCCUGAAUACUUAAUAACUAUCUUACAAUAAAACACAGUUGUAAUUUUGGAACUCUA